UGACGAUGAUGAUGAUGAUCGGAGGUUUAAUUAGGCGCGGCUGUAACAUGAACAUUCAUAAUUCCGCUGGCAUUCAAUCAAUGCAGACGUGAACGACUCCGAUUCCGAUUCUGAUUCUGAUUCCAAUAAAAGUGAUCAAGUGAUCGAGUGAGCCAGCGAUCUCGUGCAAAGUGUGCAAACAGUGUCUCAAUCCUUCGCUCAACUCAAUUCCCACAAAAGGUGGUGUGCCACCACACUCACAUACAAGAAAAUAGAUACUCAAAAGCAUAAAUAAGGUGAAAAAAUGGCGCAAAGUGAGCUGGGAAAUUGCUGUGACAAACUCACGAAAGAUGAGUUGUGUUGCCAGCGGAAAAAGGAUUUGGUGCCCAAAGUAUUUCCCGACAAGAUCUACAAGUCCGAACAGCCCAAAGGAGUGGAUGCCACGGGCAUGACCUGCGAGUGUGGCGUCUUUGGAGCCAUAGCCUGCGGGGAUUAUCCAACACAGCUGGACAUAGCCCAGAUGAUCUGCCUGGGAUUGGUGGCACUGCAGCAUCGUGGACAAGAAUCGGCGGGCAUAGUGACCAGCUUGGGCAAGUGUUCCAAGAACUUCAGCGUGCACAAGGGCAUGGGCAUGAUCAACAAUUUGUUCAACGACGAAGCCAUCAGGAAGCUGAAGGGCAACCUGGGUAUCGGUCACACUCGCUACUCCACGGCGGCCGCCUCCGAGGUGGUCAACUGCCAGCCCUUUGUGGUCCACACUGCCCAUGGAGCUCUGGCCAUUGCCCACAAUGGGGAGCUGGUAAACUGUGAGUCCCUGAGGCGCGAGGUCCUGGAGCGAGGAGUGGGUUUGUCCACGCACAGUGACAGCGAGCUGAUCGCCCAGUCCCUGUGCUGUGCCCCCGAGGAUGUGUCCGAGCACGAUGGACCCAAUUGGCCGGCGAGGAUCAGGCAUUUCAUGACCCUGGCCCCACUCUCCUACUCCCUGGUGGUGAUGCACAAGGACAAGAUUUACGCUGUGAGGGAUUCCUAUGGCAAUAGGCCUCUCUGUCUGGGCAAGAUCGUGCCCGUGGAUGCGGGUCAUGCGAAAAUCGAUGACCAACUGGCCGAGGGUUGGGUGGUGAGCAGCGAGAGCUGCGGCUUCCUCUCCAUCGGUGCGCGCUAUGUCCGCGAAGUGGAGCCCGGCGAGAUCAUCGAGCUGUCAAGGAAUGGCUACCGCACCGUGGACAUUGUGGAGCGUCCGGACUACAAGAAGAUGGCCUUCUGCAUCUUCGAGUACGUGUACUUUGCCCGCAGCGACUCCAUGUUUGAGGGUCAGAUGGUUUACUCCGCCCGCCUUCAGUGUGGCCGUCAGUUGGCCCGGGAAUCCCCGCUGGACGCCGAUUUAGUGAGCUCAGUGCCGGAAUCUGGCACAGCCGCCGCUCAUGGUUAUGCCCGGGAAUCGGGUCUGCCCUUCGGUGAGGUUCUGUGCAAGAAUCGCUAUGUGGGCCGCACAUUUAUCCAGCCCUCGACGAGAUUGCGCCAGCUGGGAGUGGCCAAGAAGUUUGGCGCCCUGGCCCAGAAUGUGGAGGGGAAGAGGAUAGUCUUGGUGGACGAUUCUAUAGUCAGAGGAAACACCAUUGGACCGAUUAUCAAGCUUCUGAGAGAUGCAGGUGCAACGGAAGUGCACAUCCGCAUAGCCAGUCCUCCGCUGCAGUAUCCCUGCUACAUGGGCAUCAAUAUCCCAACGCGAGAGGAGCUAAUAGCCAACAAACUGAAUGCGGACCAGCUGGCGGAUCAUGUGGGAGCCGACAGUCUGGCCUACCUCAGUGUGGAGGGACUGGUGAAGGCCGUGCAGAUGAACAAGACCCAUGUGAAUCCCCUGAAGGGUGGAUAUUGCACCGCCUGCCUGACGGGGGAAUAUCCAGGAGGAUUACCCGAGGAGCUCAGCUGGUAGUCUUAGUACUCUGUUCUUUCAUCUCUUCUCUAGGGUUAAUGAUUAGUUUUUAUAUCCAGUCUGUUUAUAAUAAAUAUGCUUUAAUUUCGGGUCUUAGGACCACUAAACCAA